UAUAUGUACUUGUAUUUCUAUCAGCAAGAAGAUAUCCUUCUCGUGUGUGUGCCAUCUCGUCCCUUCUCGACCUCUCAAACCUUCCCUAGUGGAUUAUACGGGCCGCACAACCAUCAUGGCUACCCUGAGACCAGCGGCCUAUGUUGGUGUGGCUAGUCGAUGCAAUGCCGCGUGCAGCAAAUUAACUUGUUCAGAGAGUGCACGAAUGGUCGGACCUCUGCGUCAACAAUCCAGGACGUUCCGCACCUCCCGGAUACAACGCCUAGACGAAGACACAGACCUCUCUACCCUGCGCAAAUGGGACAAAAUGUUCGAGAAACUGGGCCUGAACACUUACAAAGAAACAUUCAAACAAAAUCUCAUGACGGAUAGACAGCUGCGUCAAAAAGCCGCGGUGAAAAGGACAAAGGUCUUCAGAGCUGCAGCUGCUGAAUCUGGGAUACCCUUCCAGAAGACGGAGGAGGAGUACAACGCAUUUUUAAAGGCGAAGGCGGCACAGAGAGGCGUGACCGCCCCAGAGAAAGCCAAGCCGACUUCCAGUCCCAAAGGCGAGUCAGUCCAAGUGGACAGCACAAAGAUGGUGGGGGCCGCAACGGCCGCAGCCACCAGCGCAGUCGAUUGGGAUACUUCAUCGGAUGAAGCUACAAAUGGUAACCAUGGCAACGAUUCAGGCGAAAGGCCCCUUAGCCCGAAAGAUCUUCAUAAGCAAUUUCAAAGUCCAGGAUACGAUGUUGACCCGGACAUGUACGACGAAGAUGGGUAUCCCAUAUUCGACCAAUCCAAAACCGAGUUAGCCUACGAAGCAGCUGGAAAGGGUGCGUGGUAUCGAGAACUCGAGCAAUGGGCCGAAGACAUGGACCCCAAAGACGCCAAACGGAUCUACGAAGAGGUUUGGGCGGAGGAGGCGGCCCGAAAAAAAGGGAUCGAGGGCAAGGGCCAGGACUCUGCGCUCGGGGACGGAGCCGAGAGCGAGACUGGUGAGAUGCAUGAGUAUGGCAAGGACUUAGAGGAAGUGGGGGCCAGUGAGGAUGAGGCGAUGAAGUACCGUGAACAGUACAGCUACGAGGAGGGUGAGCACGACGUGAGUGACGGCGAGAACAAGGAGAAGGAACGUCUGGAACGUAAACGACUGCGCGCAGAGGCACGGGCUAAGGAAGCCAUGGAGGCAAAGAAGGAGGAGAUGCUGGGUGAGGAAGAGGAUGAUUUUGACAUAGAGAAUGACGAGAAUAUGAUUGAGGUGGAGGGCAGUGGCGACGAAGACAUUGGGUUCUCUGAAGAUGAACAGGAUGAGGAGGCCGAACACGACCUGAUUGAGGACCACGACUUCCACCCUGAUUUGGAUAUGCGUCUGAUUGAGACCAAGCGUGUUGUCAACCAAACCGGUGGAGGAAAGAUCCAGUCAUUCGUAUCGAUUGUGGCGGUGGGAAAUGGGGCGGGCGAAGCUUAA